CAUUUAUUGAAGAGACUAUCUUGGCUCCAUUGUAUGUUCUUGCCCCCUUUGUCAAAUAUUAAUUGAGCAUAUUGGUUCGGGCCGUGGAAGGAUUUUGAGGGCAGGAUUUUUGCAGAGCCCUGUUGCCACCAAGUUUUGUCUUCUCCCCUGUUGCAUCUGCACAGUAGCUACAGGCCUGGCGAAACCCAUUCCAGGACAACCCCAUCUCUAGGGAUCCACCCUGGGAGGCUGCCCUGUAGAAGUUCCUGCCCCAACCCCUCACACUACGCACAGGGCUUGGGUGUGUUAGGUCUAGUCUCUCUCGCCCAGUGCUACCUACAGCAGGUCACCUCCACCAGAGCACUAAGUAAAGAUGCUAUUUCAUGGGCCUCACUGCAGCUCUACAGAAUCAUAACUUUUUAGAGUGAAACCUUGAUCCCCACGGUUCUGUGUGCACGUUAAAGCUGCAGAAGAAAUGCUUCGCUAGGUGGUCCCCUCCCAUUCGACCACUUGACGAGUUGUAAGAAAUAACACUGCCUGUGCCUCCCCCUCAGAGUUGAACAGCCGGUCUGGGUAGAACAUCGUGGUCAUUUUAGUGUGGUGCUCCAGGUGAUUCAAAAGUGUGGCCAGGGUUUAGCAGAAGGGCUCCCUGCCCCAGUGCAUUUGUGAGAGUUGACAAUGGGCUUUGGUCCAGGGUCCUCUCUUGGGUUUGGGAGGAACAGAAGUGCAGCCCACUUUCUCAUUGCUGGGUUGGAAUUUGGGCGUGUCUGUUGGAGGGGAGAGCAAGAGAAGACAGGAGAGAAAAACAGUUUGAUCUUCAUGUAGCAUCUCAUUGUUUCUUAAUCUCUCCUGUGUCAAAGGGCAUGGGAGUGUGAGAUUUUUCAUCAUUCAAGUCCUUCUGCCUGUGAGUGUGGUGGAAGCACGGCAUAUCUUCUCCAGAUGCAGGUGUGAUUGGUCAACAUAAAGUCGCCUGAGAAAACAACCCAGAGCAGGAGGAGGAAGAGGACAGUAUGGCUGCUUCUCAGGGGCAGUUGACCUUCAGUGAUGUGGCCAUAGAAUUCUCUCAGGAGGAGUGGGCGUGCCUGGACCCAGCUCAGCGGAAACUGUACAUGGACGUGAUGUUGCAGAACUACAGGAACCUGGUAUUCCUGGGUGUGUCUAAGCCAGACCUACUCACCUUUUUGGAGCACAUGAAGGAGCCCUGGGAGUUGAAGGGAAAAAAGACAAUACCCAUCCAGCCAGGUAGGUGGAAAUCAAGGAAAUAGAUGAUCCAGGUGAGAGGCCGAAGAUCGGGUAUUAUAUAAUGGUUUGGAAACAUCUGCUUCAAUGGGACUGAUUUUCGAGAGGGUCACGAUUAUUUCUAUUUCUGGCUUCGAGGGACAGAUCCUCUCCAUCAUCAUCUAAGGAUUCUCUUUCUGCUUCCAUCACAUUUGCAGUGAGAGCCAAAGUCCUCCUGUAACAGUGUAAGGGUGGCAUGACCUGGCUACUAUUGGAUUUCUUGGUGAACUUGGGGAAGUCUGUGCAUGUUGCUGAGGAAUUUUAAAUUAAACUAGUUUUAAAGUUC